AUGAAUUUAAGCCAACUAAAAAUUUAUAAUACCGACCUUAAUAAUUUCGAGUAUGUGCCUAAAGAUUAUGAAGAAGAUACCGAAAGUACAAGCUUGGCUGUUGAAUCUGAAAGUAUUAUAACAGAAAGUGGUAGUGUUAUAACAGAUAAAUUUGACUUCGAUAUAGAAUUGAAACCAUUUCUUUUCAACUAUACAAGCUUUGAUAAAGCACGUGAAUUGGCAGAAGCAAAAGAAAGGAAAGAUUUCAAUAUUCUAAGAGAAAACCAUAAUAAUACUGAUACAGACAGCGGCGACAUAGUAUCAACUUUGACAUUCGAUUUUGAACCCAGAUUAGAUGAUAAAAAUGAAUACCUUGUUGAGAAUAUUAUUGAGACCAAUACUAAAACUAGACUUAGUCAGCAAUUGUCGCCUUGUCCAAUUCUAGACAUUGUUGAUGGCAAUAUUAAAUUGCCGGGCAAUUGCAUGAACAAGAAGGUACAAAGCGUCAACGUAGAGUUACAAACGAUAAUGAAAAAAACUCUUGAUGAUUUACUUAAAUAUGAUAAUUUCCCUGAAGAUAAAGCCAUCGAAAUAUUAAGACAACUUCAGAAACAAAGUAAUAACUGGGACAUGCAACGUGUUCGAAUCUAUUGGAAUAAUAAUCGCUACAACAAGAAAAAAAAAGUUUCUUCUGAUAUGUAA